AUGGAUUUUUACGCUACUAGCCCAGGUGGUUCUGUUCCAUGCCGUGUUACACCUUUCCCUGACUUGGACAAAACUAGCAAAUUCAAAAGAGCUUGCACACCUUGUCAAGGGUUUCUCAUGUAUAUGAACAUCGUUUCCAUAACCAAAGUGGAUGGAAGCAUAGACAAUAAGUUGUGUGAAUGGAGCCUAAAGAGCGAGGGAUGGCAACUAAUGUCUGAAAUCUCCGCAGAUAUUAUCUUGACCGGUGGAUUCGACUUUUUACCAGUGACGAUAAACACCUUUGAUGCUAAGACAGCCUACUUUUGGAGCAAGAAAGGACAACGCUUGGUAUCUAUCAACUUACACAACGGUGAGUUUAUGAUCCACAACAAUCAGUUGGAUGGUAGAAGCGACGGUCCCAUUAUGAUUCCUGUUAAGGACCCUAGAGCUAUUAUUUCUCUCAAAAGUAGGAACAAUAUGGAAUACAUCAACGGAAUACCAUACCAUCUUCUCCUGUUCCUUCUCCCACAAUGGCUGUAUCGGAUCCCGGUGAGUAUUAAACAUCCAACAACAACAACUGCGAAAACAAAGACAGUUGGAGACAAAGGCAAGGUCAUAGUCGUUUACGAACCGGAGGAAUCAGACGACCAAUCUCCACAAAAUCCCAACGCGAAUACGCAACAUGAGUCAAAGGAUAUUCCCUUCAGAUACAUAGCAGGUACUGAUGGAGCGUCAGCAAUUGAGCUGUCAAAUCCAUUUGUAGCCCUUGGUUACACGAGUGAUUCAUGA